AUGGCUGCCCAAAGUUCCCAUGGAAUUCAAACUUUAUUAGAGGCCGAAAAGGAAGCCUCAAAAAUUGUUUCAAAAGCCAGAAAUUUUCGAGUUCAACGUUUGAAAGAAGCUAGAACUGAAGCAGCAAAAGAAAUUGAAAUUUUAAAAGCUCAGAAAAAAGAAGAAUUUGAGUUAUUCGAAGCGGAGCAUAAGGAAUCAUCGGAUUUAGAUAAAGUAAAAGCAGAUACUGAAGCAAUAAUUGUUACUAUUAAUGAAGCAUUUGUAGAAAAUAAAUCUAAAGUUACAGAUAGAUUAUUAUCAGUUGUAACAAAUGUUCAACCCACGAUUCAUAAAAAUUUUAAAAGAUCCUGA